GGGACUACAUGGCGCCGACCGCGGAGGUACUUAUCACCACCGCACCCCACCGCACCAGCGGUGCCAGCGGCAGCAGACCACCAGACAAGCUUGUUUCUGCCUAUGUUUCUGCUCGCUUUUCUACACCAGCUGCCUGCCUACACGCUUUGACCAGCUUCGGCGGUCUAGCGACAGAGGUCGCCAUUUGUAGCAAAUUUUUUUUGGCGACGAUGGGUGUUAAGUUUAAUUUGCCUUUUCAUUAAACGUACAAAAUGACCACAUGCGAUUCGCAUACAUAGUGGAAGAACGAAGACACUAGGAGUACUUCACAAGCCGGAUAUUUGACGUCGUCGAGUGGUGUUUGUGUCAGUGCUUUCAGCGGCGAUCGUCGAGGCUUUCCAUCGCGGUUUGACGGAAAAGGAGGUCUUAUGUGUUUUCACACUCAAGCCGCAAGAUGAGUUUUAGCAGCGAUGAAGUUAAUUUUCUCGUGUACAGAUACUUACAAGAAUCGGGGUUCUUCCACUCGGCGUACACGUUUGGCAUUGAGAGCCACAUCAGCCAGUCGAACAUCAACGGGGCACUGGUGCCUCCGGCAGCGCUGCUCUCCAUCAUCCAGAAAGGGCUUCAGUACACGGAGGCGGAGAUCAGCAUCGGGGAGGAUGGGUCGGAGCGGAUGAUAGAGUCGCUGUCGCUGAUAGACGCCGUCAUGCCGGACGUGGUGGCCUCUCGGCAACAGCAGGCGCACAACAGCAAGAAUGCGGUGGUCAAGGCCGAGCCCAACAACACCAACGGGGACGACGCCGCCCACAACUUCGCGGCCAAUCACAACGAGACGAUGGAGGUGGACGGCAGCGUGGAAAUCCCGAGCAGCCGGGCGACGAUACUACGGGGUCACGAGUCGGAGGUGUUCAUCUGUGCCUGGAACCCAACCUCUGACCUCUUGGCAUCUGGGUCCGGUGACUCCACGGCCCGUAUUUGGAACAUGAACGACAACAGCCAGAGCCCCAACCAGCUGGUGCUGCGCCACUGCAUCCAGAAGGGGGGCACCGAAGUUCCCAGCAACAAGGACGUCACUUCCCUCGACUGGAAUUCCGACGGGACGUUGCUGGCUACGGGGUCGUACGACGGAUUCGCCCGGAUAUGGACGACAGACGGUCGCCUGGCCAGCACACUGGGCCAGCACAAGGGUCCCAUCUUUGCGCUCAAGUGGAACCGGAAAGGGAACUACAUCCUGAGUGCAGGCGUGGACAAGACGACCAUCAUUUGGGACGCCAGCACGGGCCAGUGCACGCAGCAGUUUGCCUUCCACACGGCGCCAGCCCUGGACGUGGACUGGCAGAGCAACACGAGCUUUGCCUCCUGCUCCACGGACCAGUGCAUCCACGUCUGCAAGCUGGGCUCGGACAAGCCGGUCAAGACCUUCACAGGACACACGAAUGAGGUGAAUGCCAUCAAGUGGGACCCCCAGGGUGUGUUGCUGGCCUCCUGUUCAGACGACAUGACGCUCAAGAUCUGGAGCAUGAAGCAGGAUGCCUGCGUGCACGACCUGCAGGCGCACAACAAGGAGAUCUACACCAUCAAGUGGAGCCCCACGGGACCGGGCACCAACAACCCCAACAUGAGUCUCAUCCUUGCCAGCGCGUCGUUUGACUCGACGGUGCGGCUCUGGGAGGUGGAGCGGGGCGUGUGCCUGUACACGCUGACCAAGCACACGGAGCCCGUGUACAGUGUGGCCUUCAGCCCCGACGGGAAGUUCCUGGCCAGCGGGUCCUUCGACAAGUGCGUCCACAUCUGGUCCACACAGAGCGGGAACCUGAUCCACAGCUACAAGGGCACCGGCGGCAUUUUCGAAGUUUGCUGGAACCUCAGGGGGGACAAAGUGGGGGCCAGUGCGUCGGACGGUUCGGUGUUUGUUCUCGACCUCCGGAAGUUAUAACAUGGUCUCCGCAGAAAGCAUCGCAAUCUAUUUCUGCCUCUAGAAAAAAAAGGAAGUACUUCCGGGGAACUCUGGGGCUGACCAACUAAAACGGUCAUGUUUUAGACUUUUUUUUCAUUGUCAUUCAGACUGUCACCGACCCCAUGGGCAAAUUUUUUUAUUUCAUUUUCACUCCUGGUUAGCCCUUUUCUCAUUACAUCUGUGCCGACGUGACGUGGACCUCGAAGUGUCAAUGGCAUUUCCUCAUCCUUGAAAAGGACAAGAGUGGUUCCCCGACUGUCGUCGUCUAUUCACCUUGAAGCCAGUGGAAGAGCGCUGCAGCAUCCUUGGCACACUGUUGUCUUACGGAAGUGGUGCACGAAGAAUGAUGCUAUUUUACCUCCUUUUUUGUUGUCUUUUUUGUUUGUUGACUCGUUUUUCUUUGGCCAACCGAGACAUGUUUGACGUUUGUGCUCUACAUGCCAUUCUUUUUUUAUUGACUUUCGGUGUAUCGGCAGCUAUACCCAAAUGGCUCUGGUGCUAAGAAAAGACUUUUCCUGCAUUGAUUUAAGGAUCGUCCGAAUACUUUCUCUUUGGGAUGUGCAUAUGUAAUGAUUGGGUUAUAUCUGGGAAAACAAAUGGUGAUUGUUUCUUGGUUUGUAGGGGCUAGUUUGUCUUCCUUUUUUGGCUGUAGAUUGUCCAAUAAUAUGUAGAGUAUGGAUGUGGCCAAGAGCAUCUUGUAACAAAAUUAAAUUUCUAUCGAGUAAUUCACUAAGUAUCUGCAGUAUAAAAAUUUGCUCAUCCUGUGAAGAUCAACUUGCCUAAGUUAUGUCCACAAAGAUAUCUGUACCUUUUUCGGCAGGCCGCGAAAGCUACGAGUGCGACGCCGUAGCUCGGGAAGGACGUCUCGGUGUGCUUCCUUGCUACAAGAUCUUUCCAAGGUUGCUCUCACAGCCUUUAAAGGACUUAUGCUAGGUAUAGAUUAAUCCGAUUCACAAAUCUGAACACGUUAGCGUCCCUCUUGGAGCCAUACGUUACCUUGAAAUUCGGGAAAUGAUAGUGCAAUAAGAAGUUUGACAAUGAAAUUCAUGCGAGCAUAGCUCCACCUCAAGAGUCUGGCACAUGCACUUGGCCUUUCUACCAACCGUUUUCAAAGCCAUGUCUUUGCACUCUACUACGUGCGAGGUGCUCACUUUCCGACUAGGACAUGGAAAUGAAGACAAUACCUGUUCUUUCGAACUGAGGACAGCUACUUCAUCGACCUUCCAUUAAGUUUUCCGGCGCAAAGCACUGGUGAGCGGGUCUGUCCAAAAGCAAAUCUUUUGGGCCUUGCAGCUCCCCUCAUUUGGGACAGACAUUUGGCACUUUCACUGUCGGGAGCUCGCAACAAAUUUCGGAAGGGGUCGUUAUAUGGCCAAGAUUGACACUAUAGAACUUGCAUUCUAUCGUGUCGAGCUCGUUGAAUAUCUUGUGCGCUACGUUUAUGUUCCGGCUAGUGUGUUUGACAAUGAAGAUGCUGGCAGAUUUGUUUUCCUCUGGACUGAAUUUGAAGGCCUCCAUCGCUCGUGGCUGCUUGGCAUCACCACAACGACUGUUGAGGCCGAAUGAUGUUGCAGUGCUUGAAAUUGGGUCGUACGGCACGCCUUGUCCGUCUGUGCUUUGUUGCAGCCCCUCCCAGGACGUAAGCAGUGGGGACCCAUUCACGCAGUACCUUAGGUAUACUUGCAUCCAAACCGUGCCAGCAACUCGAGGAGUAGCUUCGCAGGCGACAUUCGAGGCAGUGAUGUCUCGGUGACACGCAACGUAAGCAAAUGUUGCUGCGUGAACGGGCCUCAAUGCUUGCGGUUAGGAAACAUACAGUUCCGGAGCCGCGCGUUGUGCGAGGACCCUUGUUGCGCCAUUCUCGCCAGGCUGGUGUCGGUUGGCGAGACCCAUCCCAGCAGCACCCACCGACUGCAGAGAUGGGGUGUUUUGUCCAGGCCUUGUUGACCGUUUGAACAUGCUUGACCAGUUGGCUAGGAACACUAUUCUAGCCCUUCCGGGGACAUUUCCUCGGAACGUCCAAUCCCAAGUUCUGGUGGACGAUUCUAGGCCUGGUUGUGCCCAUCGUCAAUUUUGGUUUCAUUUUAACUGUCCUCUGUCCCUCAUGGAGUGUACAUAACAGAGACAGAGUGCACCAUUUGAUAGGAUUGUAUAUAAGGACUCGGAAAAUUAUUUCCUUGAGCAGAAACAUGCUGCUGUACUUGAUGUGCCUAAAGGUGAUGGUUUCAAAUGCGACACAUCUGUACAAUUGGGCCUCGAGAGGUGAAAUUUAGAUAAAAUAAUACUGUGAAGCUUCUCCA